CGCUGAAAAAUAUACAGAUUACAGAAGUCUGAACGGUUUACAUUUUUGCGAUAAAUUUUAUAUUACCCUAUUCUCUAGCGAAGUUUUGGUAAAAUAAACGAUGAAUUUUCGGUUUUCGGAUGCAAUUCCGAAUUCUCAUACCAUAUACACGAAGAAACGAGUAAAACAGUUUAAUCUACCACACAAAUGUUUUGAGAGAAAUGUAGCAUGCGCUUGGAGACGAGGGAAUAAGAUUGCUAUAUUUCCGGGUAGUCAAACAACGAGUAAAACUAUUGAAAAUUGUGAUAACAACAUUUUAGAUAUCCGCCAAGAAAUAUCACUAUUUACUCCUAUUUUGCGUAAAUUAGUAAAUGAAGCAAAUGGUGCAUUUUUGUCUCUGCAAAAGGCUUCUGAUAUGUCAAAAAGUUCUGAUAAUCAAGUGGAAUAUUUGAAACUAUCUCGUCAAUACCGCUCUAUUGUGAGGGUAUGUCUGGAGAACUUACAAGAGGCUACCGAAAAGGCUUCUGAUGCCUUGGAAAGGAACAGCCUUCAAUCUUUUACAACUAUCUUUUAUUCAAUAGAAUGUAUUUGGCAUUUGUGUGAAAUUUUAUAUAUAGAUGUUAUUCCUGGAGAGAUUGUCUUACCAUAUAUACUAGAGUGGGCUAGGUUUCAUUUUCCGUGCCAUGAGCAGACUGCAGCAUCAAUUUUAGAGGCAUGUGAAAAGGGCUCCGAAGACAAUCCAGAAUAUUGGAAUGCUGUCAUUGGAAUGGUGGUACAAGGCAGAAUUGAUGUGGCUAGAGCUCUAUUAAAACUCCACUCAUCUUCUGAUAGCAGUGAAUUUAAAUUGCUGGAUAACUCAAUGCGUGCUAUGCCUGUUUAUAAUGUUUAUGGAGGAAUAUCUAGUGGAGAGUUUACAAUAUCUUGGAAACACUGGCAUGCUGAGUGCAGGUCGAAGUAUACUAGUGGCUCUCUGGCUCUACAGCCUCAACUAGAACUUAUAUUAAGGAUUAUGAUUGGGGACUAUACUGCCUUUGAGACUAUUCGCAUCAAGUACACAUCAUGGUUUGAUAUGCUAGGAGGUUGGAUUCUGUUUACAAUGCCAUGGGCAAAACGGCGGGAACUGGCGAGUGCUGCUGCAGCAUGUGCUGGUCUCACACCAGGAGAAAAAACUCAUUUAGAUAUAAUAAUACAAGCAUUGCUUGAGGGGGAUUUACAUCAGGUGAUACAUGAGAUGCAACAAGUAUCGGACAAUGGCUGGUCUGCAACGCAUCUCACCGACAUGCUAUAUCAUUGUGGUAAAUUGCAGAUCUUGGACAAACAAAUUGAUGUUACAGCCCAAAUUAGAGACAGUCUUAUCUUGGAAUAUGGGACAUUACUGAUGGAACAUAAGUCUCUCUGGUCUGCAGGUCUCUCGUACCUUGCUGCUACCCCACCCGAGGGUCUCAAGAGAGCUGAGCUAUUAUUAGAAAGGAUCCCAAUAGAUUCUGAAGCCAAGGCAAUGAGGAUAUUGGCAGAGGCUAAUAAAUAUGGAUUGCCAAAUGUUGUGCAAACAGUUUGUGGUUGUAUGUCAACGCGACGUUUAAAAAGUGGGAAUUCGGGUGCCGCUUUAGCGUGGGGAGGCCGCACUCGUUCCACUGAGUUGUGCGCGCGAGCAGCCGAACAGGCCUUACGGCGGUACUGCGCCGGGGCUCCAUUGCCACACGCCGAAUUGCUACUGACUGGAUCCACUGUGCUACUCAGUAAAUACUGUGAUUUCCACAUCCUGUAUAAGAACAGGGAGUUCAGAAAAGCUGCCAAGUUAUUGGUUUCUUUGAUUACUUCAAAACUAUCUCCAGAUUUUUUCUGGGAGACUCUUCUCUUAGACACUUUACCGCUGCUUGAAACGGAAACACCAGUGUUAUCAGCUGAUGACACAUAUGAAAUAAUGCUGUGUUUAGAAUUGCAUUCUUGUGCUCUUACUGGUAAAAAAGCAGAUAUGCUAAGAUUUGCUCUUGCUAGAAAUCUUGAACGGACUGCCCUUCUCAAUCUACCAGAUGAGGAUUAGUAUUAGUGGUGCUGUUUUAUAUUGAUUCAUAAAUAUCAAUAGUGUUGACAGACUAUUUGUAUGUUUGCUACAUUAAGAAACUGCUAGAUUUUUUUAACAGAUUUACCAAUUCAUAAAAUUAUAUGUAAAACUACUUACCAUAUUAUAGAUAAGUUUUCCCUGAACUGUUCCAUAAUUUAUGUGUAAAAUAAUAAACUAUUUUUUUAAUACUUUUCUUUGUAAUAAUCAACUUUUUUAUUAAUUGUUCCGGUUUGAGAAUUUCUGUCAUACAUACUAUGUAUUUGUAGUUUAACAUACCAGUAAAGAUUUUAUAAAACUCUUGUGUUUUUUUAAAUGGUAAUUGUUACUGUCUGGUUCCGGAAAGUAUUUUAUUAAGUUUGUAAGUACAGUUUUAAGCAUAACAUGAUUCCAUAGUUAUUAAUGAUGAGCUACAGUUGUAAAUUAUAAUUUUUUUUGAUA